GUCAAACUUUUCACUGAACUACUGAAGAAAAUGUUUCUCGUGUUUAUUUUGUUCUGUUUGUGCAGGUGCCGUCUAAAUGGUGUGUUUGGCUCUGAAACAAAUAAAAUACAGUCAGUGAUGGAGGGAGAUUCUAUCACUUUAAACACUUCCACGAAAACACAUGAAGACGAAGACAUACUGUGGAAAUAUGGCGCUGAAAACUCUCUGAUAGCUAAAAUCAGCAUUGAGAACCGAAUCUUCUCCACAUAUGAUGAUGUUCCUGAUGGGAGAUUCAGAGACAGACUGAAGCUGGACAAUCAAACUGGAUCUCUGACCAUCACAAACACCACAACUGAACACACUGGAGUCUAUAAACUAGAGUUAAAUGGAGCAAAACUAUCAACGACAACAUUCAAUGUCUCUGUCUAUGCUCAUCUGCCCACUCCUAACAUUAACAAACAUAGUUCAUCAUCAUCAUCAUGUUCAGUGGUGUGUUCAUCAGUGUUGAGUGUGUGUGAUGCGACUCUGUCCUGGUACGCAGGAAUGCGUGUACUGUCCAGCAUCAGUGUGUGUGAUCUCAGCAUCAGUCUCUCUCUACCUCUGGAGGUGGAAUAUCAGGAUAAAAACACCUACAGCUGUGUGCUGAACAAUCCCAUCAGCAACCAGACCACACAUCUGGACAUCAACACACACUGCCACACACGUGAAGGUCAAGGCCUACCUUUAUUGUACAUAGUGUUGAUCUCUGCUUCUGCUGGAUCUCUAAUGAUUGUUGCUGUAGUCGUGAUCUUCUGCAUCUGCAAGAAAUGUAGAAAAACAGGUCAGAAGGUCGAGAGUGAGGAGGAAGACAGGACUGAUUCAGCAUUGUGUAAACCAACAAAACGACAAAAGAAAUCGAAGAUGGAGUCUGUGUAUGAAAAUGUCCCCAAAAAACGAUGAUCAAACACCAUAUCUACUUGAACUUUUGUUAGAGCCCAAUUGGGUGUCAUUGUGAUCUGUUUAGUUCGUGGACUUUUUGUUUUUUUAUCAGUCUCACAUGCAUGUAGCCGUUAGCCGCCGCUCAUCGGUUCCCAUGGUUACGAUAGGCUAGUUAGCUAGUUUAGUCGAUUACCGUUGUGUUUGCUUCUUAAGUUGUCCCUUUGCUCUCACUCAAUUGUCCGGUCACCGUUAUGUGUAAGUGUGUGUUGCUCAACCUGAUUGCCUGUCUUCUAGAUUGUAACUAAAACUUUGUUUGAAAUGAUCACCUCCUUCGAUCUGCCUGCAACCCACUGUGACAAUGC